ACAACAAAAACGUGUUUGGUCAAAACAAACCGAUGGGACGAUAGAUAACGUCAAAAAUGGAGGCCACUGUAUGUCAUAAGUGGUGGUCAACUAUGGGCCUAAAAUGGUGGUAAUCUUUUAAUUAUACCUGAUAUUUGCUCAAUAACACACAACCAUGUUUCGACAAGUCAAAGUUCUGGUAGAAAAGGGCUUUAGUAAGCACUUGGCUUGGACCAACACCAUCACAUGUGGCUUCCUAUUAGGCGGUGGAGACAUCAUAGAGCAAAGGAUCGAAAAAUACCGCAAAAAACACACGCCCUCACCACACGAGUUCAAUGCAUCUAGAACGGGGCGUAUGUUUCUCGUGGGUCUGAGUCAGGGCCCGCCUCAUCAUUAUUGGUACACGUUCCUGGACAAGUACUUGCCCAAACGAGAUCUUCGCACGGUUGGAAUCAAGAUCCUGGCCGAUCAACUCAUCGCAGCGCCUUUCUUUGCCCUCACCUUCUUCUAUGGGAUCGGAUUGCUGGAAAAGAAUACCUUCUCCGGCUGUUGGACCGAAUUCGUGGCCAAAUUUCCCUACAUUUAUGCCUUUGACUGGUUCAUCUGGCCCCCCACCCAAUAUGUCAACUUUGUCUGGGUUCCCCCCAAAUAUCGCGUUUUGUACAUCAACUUCAUCACUGUGAUUUGGGACGUGUUUCUCUCUUACAUCAAACACGUGGAGGAGAUUGAGGAGAACUGAGGCGAAAGCAACGAAAAUCCGUCUUUACCUUCAUGAAUGUACUGAGAUACCUUAACAGGCACUUUACCCCACCAAUGAUUCAUUCUUGAAUAAAUCAUGAUGCAUAUUAAA